AUGGGUGCCUGCAUGAGCAGCGGCAACAAUGAGGAGGGCGAUCAGAAGAAGCGCAGUCAAAUGAUCGACCGCUCGCUAGAAGAGGACUCGAAGAAACUACGGCGAGAAUGCAAGAUAUUGCUAUUGGGGUCGGGUGAGAGUGGGAAGUCGACAAUCGUAAAGCAAAUGAAGAUCAUACAUCAGAACGGAUAUAGCGUGGACGAGCUCGUGCUAUACCGGCAUACCAUCUACAAGAACCUGAUAGACUGUGCAAAAGCUUUGGUGGGAGCCAUGCGCCAAUUCGAGAUUGAAGUCGAGAUCCCGACGAACAAGGAGCAUUGCGAGUACAUUAUGGAGUACAUUGUCGACCCCGAUCCGCAACAAGCUCUGAAUCCCAAGGUCGGCGUGGCUGUCGCAGCCAUAUGGAAGGAUCCUUGCAUACCCAAGAUCUUUGACCAUCAAAACGAGUUCUAUCUGAUGGACUCUGCACCAUACUUUUUUGACGAGGCGCCUCGAAUAGCUGCGGCGGAUUAUAUUGCAACCGAAUCCGAUGUCCUGCGAGCGCGAACCAAAACGACCGGUAUCUAUGAGACCAGAUUCCAAAUGGGCCAGCUCAGCAUACAUAUGUUUGACGUGGGUGGCCAAAGAAGCGAACGCAAGAAAUGGAUUCACUGCUUUGAAAAUGUGACUUCCAUCAUCUUUUGCGUGGCGCUCAGCGAGUAUGACCAAGUACUGMUAGAAGAGAGCAGCCAAAACCGUAUGAUGGAAUCACUGGUACUCUUCGAUUCAGUCGUGAAUUCGAGAUGGUUCAUGAGGACUUCAAUCAUCCUKUUUUUGAACAAGGUCGAUUUAUUCCGAGCGAAAUUGGCCAAGUCACCUCUGGGUACUUAUUUCCCGGACUACUCAGGAGGAAAUGAUGUGAACCGAGCAGCCAAGUAUCUAUUAUGGAGGUUCAACCAGGUGAACCGCGCACAUCUCAACCUUUAUCCCCAUCUCACACAAGCGACCGAUACCUCCAACAUCCGUCUCGUCUUUGCCGCCGUCAAGGAGACGAUUUUACAAAAUGCUUUGAAAGAUUCAGGCAUUUUAUGA